UAGACUUAAUACACACGCCAUUAUAGUGUGGUGGAACGAGGAGAAAAGAGCAGAGAGGCAGAGAGGCAGAGAGCCAGUUAUAGGUGUGUGUGGUUAAGUACUUGGCUCAAAUUAGGUUUUUGGGUAUCUGAAACCGAAUCCCACUUCCUUCUGAAUUCCACACUACCAUACUUCAUAGUUCAGUUCCUCAAAAACCCUUCCAAACACACAAUUCUUUUCACCCCAAAAACCAACACACCAUAAAAUUAACAACAAAAACAAACAAUUGCCAUAUAUAGAGAAAGAUGUUGGACUACGAAUGGGGAAACCCAUCAACGAUAAUACUCGCCGGAAAUGAAGGCGCCGCCGCCACAGACACCGACCAAACUCACCGGCAAAUCUUCGACCACAACUACACCUCUCUAUCUAACCCCUUUCUUCAUGGUUCUACACUAACCGCCACUCCUUUCUCCCAUCACCAUCACUUCAACCCCCCACAACCGCACCAGCAUCAGCAUCACCCCUUCUUCGACCCACGCGCCUUCUCAGGCGCGUCAGCCACUUCCUUUUCACCAUCACCUUCCAUGCUCUCACUUAACCCAAUCCCACCCAUCUCCGCCUCCCACUGCGGGCUGGGGCCUGGUUCUGGGCUUGGGCUUCUACUCAUGCCCAAGUCCGAAGAUUUCACUCCGCCCGUGGACUUCCAGGCUUCUGGGCUUGGGCUUAACCUGGGAGGCCGUACUUACUUUGCCUCUUGCAAUGACGACAUCGUCAACCGGCUCUGCCGGCGUGCCAAGACGGUAGAAUCGGUUCCAACGAUGCUGUCGAACUUACCCCGCUGUCAAGCACAAGGAUGCAAUGCGGACCUUUCUGAUGCGAAGCACUAUCACCGCCGUCACAAGGUAUGCGAGUUUCACUCCAAAGCCGCCACCGUCGUCGCCGCCGGGUUGACUCAGCGAUUCUGCCAGCAGUGCAGCAGAUUCCAUCUACUUUCAGAAUUUGACAAUGGUAAACGGAGCUGCAGGAAGAGACUUGCAGAUCAUAAUCGUCGUCGAAGAAAAAUACAGCAACCAACUCAAGAAAUCCAGAAAUCUCAGCCUCCUUUGGACAAUAUUGCAAGUACAACCACUUGGUCCUCAUCAGAGUCUGGGAUUCAAUCUUCAUCGUCAGUGAAGGUUGGUUUGUCACCGCCAGAUUAUUUCCGGCGAAGUCCAUACCAAAAUAGAGGCUCUUCAACAUCAUCAUCAGGGUCAUUGCUUUUCUCUAGCGGUUAGUGCAUAUGAGAGCAAUUUGCAUGGCUAAUAGUACCCAUGACAGUAAUUAAUCGAGGAGGAUCAACAAUAAUGUAAUGAACUUCCACUCGUAACUUUCGCCCCAAAUUUUCUUUGACAGCUUUAUCUUGAGGUUGCUAAUUUGUAAGAAUAAUUUUAAGCGUUUAUAUAUACAUAUCCUUUGUUGUA